CCAGCCGUGAUUGAUUGGAGGUUACCGCACAAAAGCGGCAUGGUUCUUUGAGCGAGAUAUGACUACCAUGGAGGAGAUUUUGGAGAGGGAGCUACAUAUUGGAGCAAACGAAUGGCUGAUUACCUUGGAGAAUGGACGUAGAUGGCUACAGGAGAUUGUGAGGGACAUGUCUUUAUGGCUGCAAAUGGAGCCAGAGCUCGAAGGGGGAGCGAUCUCUCUGGCUGGCUGGCUGAAGGAGAAAAGUGAGGACAUGCUGCAGAUCAUCUGGGAGCUGGAGGAGGGGCCGGAUCCUUGGCUAGACGUCUGCAUCGAUUGGAGGAGGGCAGAUGGCAUCAUGUCUGUCUGCAAAACCCUCUUCAAUGAGGAUCGCGAUCUGUGUGAUCUUCUGGAAGACCGGUUGGGGGACGUUAUUAAUCGUGAGGACGCGAACGUGGCAAUAGAGGUAACAACGUUAACGUCCAGACAGUCAACAACAUUAAUAAAGUGGUGCGACAACAACAACAACAACAACAACAACAACAACAAUGCUAACAGCGACGAUAACACAAACAAAAACAACAGUGGCGAAAACAUCAACAACAACAACAACAACGAUAAUAUCAACAACAACAACGACGGCGAUGGCAAUGACGACUUCGGAAGCAGCGAGGUUGACAGUGGUGGCCGUACAAAUGCGAUCAUCAUCGACAUGAUGGGGGAGAGGCCGCAAGCGGACGAAGGGGAGAUUGAGGUUGGUACGGAAAAGGGGUUUGCUAUCUCCCCCCCUCUCAACGAUAGUGACGACGACGGCAACAAUAACAACAACAACAACAACAACAAUAACAACGACGACGACGACGGCGACAGUGGCGACAACCAAGGGAGCAGCGGGGUAGGAAGCAGCAUCCGGGCAUCUUAGAUUAUCAUCAGCAUGAUGAGAGCGAUGCUGCAAGCGGACGUGGUGCGAUAUGGGGUUGGUAUAAAGAAGUGGUUUACUGCUUUCCCUCCCUCCAACCUCGAUACGGAGUUCUUCCUUGUGGUCUGGCAGAGGAUAUGAAUAGGAUAGCUGGGGGUGAUUGAUGUUGCCCGGCCUGCAAUACCAAUCAUCAAUGGGGGGCUGAUCGUCUUGUUGGUUGGCGGUGGGCUGUUUAGGGAUUAGGUAGCAGGAGGUCAUUCCUUCCCUGCGCUGGGAAGUAAUCGAUGCCCCCUGAAUGUUUCGCAUGAUAAUGCAUAUUUCAUACUGGACUUGACGUCCAGAUCAUACAUCUCUCAUCCUUGACAGAGCUUUGCUUCUAGGCUUGAUUGAUAAAAGAUCAUAUACAGC